AUGAAGCUUCUUACCUCUUUCGUGCUUAUGGCCCCGGUCUUUGCUGGACUUGCCAGCGCAGACUGGGUGGCUCAGGAUCCGCCGAACAUGACCGUUCCGGCCCUCUGUGCCAACACGGACGCCAGUCGAGCUUGUUUCACCACCGACAUCGGAGACCUUACCCCCGGUGCUGGCUCGCACUUCAAAGGCUUCAUCGCUGAUGACAAGAAGAGCUUCGUCGUUGUCCCUGAUACGGACAGUUCGGCUUCGCUUGUGGUGGGCAGGUACAAGAUCAACAUCAACUGGAAUGCCACUGGCAACAACGACAAGAACUGCGCUGCUGUUGAUAUCGAGGAUCAGAACGGUAACGAGAUCACCAACUACCUCACCUGCUCCAGCGCCAAGUGGUACAACCUCUCGGCCUAG